UGUCCGUGGUGGACUUCUAAAUCCUGCAGCAAGUGCUUUGUCGCCGUGAAGAGCAGCAGUUGAACUUCGCGUGGACACCGCCAUCCCCUAUUCGGAACGCAACACGCUGCGAUGCGCGUCUAUGCGGCAUACCUGGGCCUCGUUCCAGCUUUGACCCAAGCUGCAGCUUUUCCGGGACCAUUACCGACUCAAUAUCGAGUGCAGAAGAUUCAAGCAGGAUGGAACCCAAAGCCUACACAAGCUCCUAGUUUGGAGCUCUUCAUGCAGCGACGCGACAUUGGAAUAGAUCCAAAUACUUGCGGUUGGGUUGAUGGUCAAUCAGACGGAGCAGUGCAAUGUCCUGCGGGAAACACUUGCAUGCUAUACACUCCUGAUAACAUCGUUGGCAUGGCGGGAUGCUGCUCCGGCGGUAACUUGCAGAAUUGCGGAUGGAAUACCGGCUGUGUUGAUCAAGAGAAUUACUCGACCGCCUGCAACGACCCGUCUUGCUUUAACAACCCGUUCAUUGUCCUCUGUACCGAUUCCUCGGCCCCUUUCUGCGUAUCAUGGACGUAUCCCGGCGACCAGAUCCAAGACCAUGGCUGCGGCACAGAUGCAGCAUCCACAUGGCAGACGGUCGAGAAAGACAUAUCCACCGACGGUAUCACAACCUCUCUCGACCUUACAUACGUCCCCGAGGAAUCUGUGACAGGCUGGCGGGCUGAAGAGCAAUCGACUCUCUACCCAACUGUCACUGCCGGCCAAUCCUCACAACGUAGCUCUCGGAGCAGUUCCACGAACGCCCUCAUAACUGGAGGCUCGUCCAAUCCCAAUUUCGACUACAGCGAUCGACGAAGCCGCGUUUUGUCCAUUGGUGCGAUCGUAGGCAUCGUCAUUGGAGGCAUAUCUGCUCUCGCUGUCAUUAUCGGUGCAAUAAUAUUUGUCUUCUGGGACCGCCGUCGCAAACGCCGCAACGCAGCUGCUGCGCAGUACAAUCCAACCCAAAGCGGAUUCAACAACGGCACAGAUUCCACGUCGUAUAUGCCACAGGGCCCACCGCCGCCUAUGCAGCAGUAUGGGCAAUCGCCACCCGUGGUGCAGGAGUACUACGGACAGGACAAUAAAUCCUAUCCACAGGCGUCGCCACAGCCACAGUAUGCGCAACCAUAUCCGUCUCCAUCAGUAUCACCGCAUCCGCAAGCCGCAGUCCCAGUCCCAGCGCCAUAUCAUAGGGGUUCGGCCGUGCCCUCCGAGCAGGAUGGCCUGCGCCCACGUACAAUACUUGGGUCGGACGGGAAUAGUCCAGUCAGUGCAAUAGCACAUAGUCCAGUGAAUGGACCUCCAGUUGAACCUCCGUCGCCCAAUCAGCCACCUCCGCAAAGUCAGGUUCACGAGCUGGGCUGAGCGGGUGGUCAUGAAGCUAGAGUUGUAGCUGAAGCUUAAAAAAAUUUGCAUUUUAGCGGCGUACUUUCGAUGAUAGCUUUUCGUGGGUGGCAAGUUUAACAUAAAUUGUGUAACACCCUGACGCCGGCGGCGACCCGUUCAGAUUCCUACGAAUGUUAGAUCAUCUUCGCAAUGAUGCCUCUAGUAGAAGUGGAAUAUCUAACGGCGCUGUUCUGGUUGUUACCAAGGCUGCGUCUUACAAGUGGC